CUUCGGUUCGAGUUUACUCGGGCUUCCCUCCCUUUCCAAAUGUGGUUGAAAAUUGCAAAUGGCGUCCCUAUUUCAUGGACAUUGAAUGAGAGUGAAAUACCAAGAUGGAUAACAAUACAAAACCAUAUGUUCCACCUAGUAAGGAAAAAGAACCAGAAAUAGUUCAGACUGUUAAAGUACCAGCCCAGAGUCGCUUGAAGGAGGAACUUCUCAAGCCUAUGCCAAGUAAAAAUGUCAACCCCAAGCCACCCACACAGAUUAUCAUCCCCGCCAAGUACUCUGGCAACAAACAGUCCACCACACGUUUGGCAGCAGGCACCAAAAUCAUCCUCCCAAGUAGCAUGGGGGGCUCUGGUCAACCAUUGCAGUUCAUUGUUACUUCUCCACAAUCCUCUUCACCCAAGGUCACACUUCAAGGAGGUCAAGGUCAGUCUCUCAUAACAGGUGCCAGGUCCAUACUUCCCAAUCUAGCUGGAAGACCUUGCAAGAUUAUUGUCAGCUCUCCAUCACCAGCAGUUACCACAGAGCCAGUCUAUCUUCCACAGACCUCUGCCAGCACAGUUCAGUAUAUUGUCACUUCUCCAGAAGCCAGUGAACUUAAAACCAUUUCUUAUGAAGAGGACAACAACAAGUACAUCAUUGAAAACACAGAAAAUGAAACUACAGAGGAGAUUGUUGUAGAAACACAGGAUGUAUUUGCUCCUCAGGAAAUCACGGUGGAUGUCCCUACUGACACAGAUGCUGCUAAUUCCUUGAUAGCCAUUGCAGAGCAGCUCCAACAACCCAAGGUGGAGAAUUUUGUGUAUAUGGUGGAUGAUAAGGGGGACAACUCUGGCAUCAUAGCCGAGCAUGCAGUGGUUGGGGAUGAUAUUGAACCUGCAGAAGUGGAGGUGGAGAGUAUAGAAGUGGAGGAAAUUAAAAUUUCUCCACGUAGAAUUAAAAAGGCACAUCAGAAGAGACAAUCCAAAACAGCUGAGUUUAGUGAUGAUGCCAGUGAUCUGAGUGACACUGACAUGAAAGCCAGAAUCUCCAAUAUUGGCCUGGACCAUUUAUCUUACCUCUCCUCCAGGUCAAUGGUUCCAUCAAGACCCAUGGUUUACUCCCCUCAAGCCAAGGAGAGACAGGCAGCAUUCACCUCGGACGAGAGCACAGACUCGGAUUUCUCAGAUGAUGAAGACGAUGAAGAUUACAAAACCAGACGAGUCAAAAAACCAACAUACAAAGCCAAGAAACCCAGUAAAAAUGUCGUAUCCAAAACGGUCAACUCCUGGAUGAAGAAAUUUGUUCCCAAAGUCUCUCCUCAUAGUGACGCUGAGGAAAACAGUGAAGACAAUGAGGAUUAUAGCGACAUAGGUGUCCCAAAGGAGCACCUGAUGGCCUGCUGUGAGAGAUUCCGCAAGGUGACAGAAAGCGUGGAGGAACUGAUGAGGAAUAAUGCCAAGACCAGGAGCUUCAGGGAAACAACAAAUCCCAGUGGAGACAGAGUAUUUGAAUGUUCCACUUGUCACAAGCUCUUCACCAUGAGAGACACUAUAAAAAAGCAUCUGAUUCGCCACACAGGACAGAGAUGUUUCCAAUGCACCAAAUGCAACAAGAGUUUCAUGUUCAAGUAUGGUCUGAAAUGUCACAUGAUGACACACACUGGGAAAAUGCCUUGUGUUUGCUCAAUUUGUGGAGGCAAGUUCAUAGAGAACAGCAAGUUAGAGGUUCAUAUGAGGAGGGUUCACACCUCAGAACGACCGUUUGAGUGUGCUCAGUGUGAAAAGAAGUACCCAACAAAGAGUGAGCUCAACAACCACAUACUUAAUGUUCACACAACCAUUAAGCCUUAUCCCUGCCCAUUCUGUGACAAGAAGUUUUCCCAUGAUGCAAAGCUCAAGAGACAUUUAACAGUUCAUACAGGGGAACGUCCAUUCAAAUGCUCAUUCUGUGAAAAGGCAUUUACACAGAGGGCUCAUUUACAGAUCCAUGAAAGAUGUCAUACUGGCAUCUUCCCUUUUGCUUGCAAUGGAUGUGACAGAAGGUUUUAUGACAAAGUUUCCAGGGACAGGCAUUACAGGAGGAUCCAUGAGGGAGUAGAGAAGCCAUACUGCAAGAAAUGUAACUGCUACUUCAAGACAAAGACCAGUCUGACUCGUCACAAGAGGGAAUGUGGGAGGAUCAAACAAGAGCCACCAGCGGUUGACAGCGAGGAGGAUGACGUGAUGGAAGAUGAAGUGGAAGAAGUGGAAGAUAUUCCAGUACCAAGGAAGAGAGCAACCAGGGUCACAAAGUCAUCAAGGUCAAGGAAACUUACCAUUAAAAUCAAAAAGGUUGGAGGAAGGAAAACUGCCAAAGGAAAGAAAGCAGAUAAAAAAGUCAGUGUGGAAGCCAUGGAAAAAUCUGGAAAAUUAUUUAUCAGAAGCGAGAGAAUCAAGGCCAGAUCAGAGGCAGCCAAGCGAAAAAACCAGCAAUCGGAGCCCGCUGCCCCUCCUCCAAAGAGGAAGAGAAGGUCACGGUAGGGUGAACUGCCAUAUUGUAACUCAGGAUAAAUAGUUGAAGAUAAUCUACUUGUUUGUUAUCAGUGUUUGACAUGUUACAUGUAUAAUGAAUUUUUAAAACUGUCAUGACAUUUUAUACAAAGAAUAAGUUUGUCCAUUUUGUAAAAAGAAUGUCUGAUUAUGUUAAUAUGUUUAGUCAGUAUAGUUUUCUCUGCAUAAUGCUGUAGUUAUUCUAUUAGUAUAUGUUAUGUAAUAAUAAUACAAAUGUAACCAAUAAUAUAUUGAAAUGCUUUUAGUGGAUAGAGAAUUUUGUUAUUCAUAAGUUUGAUAUUAUUGUUUUUUAGGCCAUCUUCAUAUAAUGUUUGUUUGCCCUCUCCCAGCUUAGGGUUAAAAAAUACUGGUAGGUUGAUAGAUAGGUCAGAAACUUUUCUAGAAUAAAAUCAACAGACAUAUUGAUGGGAUGAGAAAAUUAAGGAAUGUACAAGGAAAAAUUAUCGUUUCACAGAGGUUAAAAAAGUUGUGUCUAAUGUGAGUCGGGCCACUUUUUGCCAGUUAAUUGGAAGAGGGCAAACGAUCAAUUUUUUAAAGAUCGUCUUUAUACAUAUAGUGUUAGUAAGUUUAGUAAUUCAAAUCAUGUUAACUUGUAUAUAUUGUUUCAAUAUUAGUUAAAUAAAACUUGAAAUUUGUUUUGUCAUUUUGCGAUAACUUCACCGGCUAAUUUUCUUCUGACAGGUGCAUGUAUGCAACAUUUUUUAUAAGUGAACAAUAUUGUAUUUCAAAUCAAAAAUUCUGCAUUUUCCCCCAACUGGAUUAUAUUUUGAAUUUGUCUACAUUGUUUAUUGGGAUAUAAUGUUUUUAUGUUUUUAGGUGAGGAAAAUGUAGUUCCUGCAUGCUAAUAAGUACAGUCAUUUUACAAUAUUAUUUCAACUUUGAUUUGCACAGCAAACUUCUUUUAAAAAGAAUUCAGCAUGUUCACGAAAGUAAAUCCUUAUUGUGAUUUACUUUCUGUUUCGAGAUCUCAAAAUUUUUCAAAAAGCAUCAAUUUACGACUAUUAAUAAUUUAGUUGUUUGAAUGUAAACAUGUGAAUGUAAGUAUUAUGCAAUGUACUGUUUGUAAUUGUAUUCUGUUUUAAAAUGUGAAUAAAAUUUAAAAGUUUAACAA